AGUGAUGGUGAAUAAUAUGGCAGCCAUGUAGGAGGCCGGGGUUCAACCAAGACCUAAAGCAAGAAGCAUCGAUAUUUUCCUAUCAAUACACAAAAUAAAUGUUCGAAGUUACAGUUUCACAAGUGAUUGACAAUUUCUUUUUACUCUGAGGGCUGGAUAUUUACAUCAAUUUUUCCAAAUGACGGACAUGGCCCAAGGUCGCCCUAUUAAAUGUGUUGUUGUUGGUGAUGGCACAGUGGGCAAAACAUGUAUGUUAAUAUCAUACACAACAGACAGCUUCCCAGGGGAAUAUGUUCCCACUGUCUUUGACAACUAUACAGCAAAUAUGAUGGUGGAUGGAGUGCCUGUAAGUUUAGGUUUAUGGGACACAGCAGGACAAGAAGAUUAUGAUAGGCUACGACCACUUAGUUACCCACAGACCGAUGUAUUCCUCAUAUGUUUUAGUGUUGUGAGCCCCUCGUCAUAUGAGAAUGUUUUGACAAAAUGGAACCCUGAGAUAAAGCACCAUUGUCCAGAAGCUCCAGUUAUAGUAGUAGGAACCAAAAUUGACCUCAGAGAAAAUAAAGAAACUAUAGGUAGCUUGACAGCACAAGGUUUAAACCCUGUUAAAAGGGAACAAGGCAUCAAGUUGGCCAAUAAGAUACGGGGUGUUAAGUAUAUGGAGUGUUCCGCUCUAACUCAAAGGGGACUUAAACAGGUAUUUGAUGAAGCCGUACGGGCUGUUCUGCAACCUCAGCCAAUUAGAAGAAAGCAACACAAGUGUGUCAUGCUGUGAUGAGGCGGCCAUUCUUAACUGAAUAUGAAUGUUGUGUGCAUGUGUACAGGUUGAAGCUGAUUGCUAGUGAUAAAUAACUGAAUGUUUGUUUGAGUUUUGAAUGCAUCCCCUAGGUACUAUAUAAUAAUUAAAUUGCAUAUUACUAGUUAUAAUAAUUAAUAUAAAUAAAUAUUAGACAUACACUACAAUUUUUUAAUGUAUUCCUCUCAGCCCAAAACGUUUCUAUCCUCAGUGAGUUAAAUUUUGAAUGACUACGCUUGCAUUUAAUUAAUUGUAAGAGUAUUUACAAAAUGUUUUACAGUAAUUAACUAGUCAUCUGAGAUACUUGGUUUGUAACAAGAAGAUAUUGACUUUUUAAAGUAAUUACAUUUUGAUGUCAUUAAAUCUUUUCAUAUACGGUUUAUUUUGGGUUUCAGUACGUACAAUUUUUCUUGCUAAUCAAUUACUGUGGGUAGUAUUGUUCAAAUUAAAGAAAACUAAAGUGAAUUUAGAAAUUAAUUUGAGGUUCUUUGGUUUUAACAUGUUUCACUACUAGUGCAUUCAUGUCAGUUUGCUUGUGUAUUACUAUGUGUAUUUCAACCAUGAAAAUUGUUAUUGGAUGAGUUGUAACCUGUCAUCAUAUCAUCUUUUAAUUUAGAACUUUAAGCUUUGGGGAGUUUUUUUCAAACUUAAUUAAAACGAAAUUUGUGUGGGCAGGCUAUGGGUUCAUUUGUAAAUGAUGUAAUAUGGAUGGGCGCAACGUGGGGUGGGUAAAAUAUUUCCUUUUUACAUAUUUUUUUAAUCACUUGAGAUCUUAAAAAAUAUCUUUAUUCAAUAAUGGUUAUUAAAUUAGGUAGUAGGAUGUCUGGAGCUUACAUUUUAAUGGAAUCCGACCUUGGGCAAAAAUUGGAUAAAAUAAAGGUACACUUAGAAAUUAGGCUUGUCUGUGGUUGUAAGAUAGUUGCAAGUAAGACAUACCACCAUUUUCUCCUGUGUCAUUAACUAGUGGUUUGAAUGAUGACCUGUAUCACCUAGACUACCCAUUUAUCCCCCUCAUUAAAUGCUGUGUGCUUUACAUUUGCCAUUCUGUUACUUGCAUUUCGUGAUGCUAUUUAUUUGCCUUCCUGCAUAUCUGACAGAUGCUUAACAACAUCAUGUAUGGUUUAUAUCCAUUAUUAUUUCUGCAAGUCUUAAGAAAGCACUAUCAGUUUACAAUCUUAACUUCUUUACAGUAUUUAAAAAUCGUUUCAUUAUUUAUCAAUCAAUUUAUUUGAUGUUGUAUACUUUAAUGUAACAAACUAUUUUUCAAUAAUUUGGUAGUUCUUUAUUGGCAGGAAAAGAUUAGUGUACUCUUAAUUAUUCAUUUUAAACAUAGUUUAGUAAUCCAUGGUUUAUAAAUUUGGAAGAUGAUCUGUGUAAGUUUUAGUUUACACAAUAAGGCCUUGUAAAUUUAAUGCUAUGUAUUAUAGAUUCCUAUUUUAAUGCUCAAUAUUUUUUUCUCUUUGUGAAGUUUUCUUUGUUCCUGUAAUUAUGUACAAAUGGGUUCUUAAAAUUUAUCUUUAAACUUCCACUACCAUAAAAAAGUUGUCUUUUAAAACUGCAUUUAAACAUCUCUAUUCACUAUUUAGCUAAUGUUUUUGAGAUUUAAAAAAAAUCAGGAAGUGUGUUUGAACUGUAAACAUCUCAUUUCAAUGCAAUUUUUUGUAAAAUAUUUUUUUUUAGUUUUACAAUACUCUUUAAGUGUUUGAGUUGAGUUUGGAUUCAUUUUUACAACUCAAUGCAUUUGAUAAUGCUGACAUAAUAUUGCAAAUUAAUUUUUAAAACUUUACUUUCCCUUUGUAACAUAUUGCUAACACCCACCCCUUAAUGAUGCAGUGGCGUUUGAGAAAUCAUUUUUAUCUCUCUGCAUGACACUGCAUGAGUGCAAUAUUCCUAGUGCAAUUUCUUUUCUCUUCUUUCAACAUAAUUGGGAAGAGAUGAAAGAAAUUUAUUACCAUUCACCAUUUUAUUGUAGGGUUUAUACAACACAGCGUUGGUCAGUAUUUUAUUUGCUUGCUGUUUCUGAGAGGGAUGAAGUGCCAUUUUCUUUUGAAAUUUUGGCAGAGUAAAUUAUUUUCCUUUUACAGACAAAUUUUCUUAAGUUGCUCUUGUCCUAUACAAGUUUAACAUUUGUGAAACUAUAGUCAAUAGACCAAGGUUAUCUGUCAUCACACUUUUUGACUCUAGAUUCUGGCACUUGGAGUUAAAAUAUAAUGGUUAACAAUAACAUGUCAUUUUAUUCGUGAAAUUUAUUAUAUCUGUCUCAGUGUUUGUUUUCCUAAGCUAAUAUGGUGCUUUUAACUAAACGUUAAGUAUAAACUAUAAUCGCAGUUGGAAUAAAAUUGGUUAUGUAGAAAAUGAAUGUUCAGAUACACUCAUUACAUUCAACAACAAACCAUAAUUAUUUUAUGUAUUAGAUAUUUUGGUUGUGAAUAGAAACAUUACUUUUUGUCAGAAAAAGUAAAAAAAUUAUUUACUUCUGGUCUUUGUGAAUCUCUUCAGUUUUAUAUCUGGUUGGGAUCAAUGAAUCUCCUUAUGUUUACUUCAUUAGCAUGUUGUCUCAUACAAUACUACAGGGCUGGUCUUUAAGAUUACUAACCAUAAUGCAAUCUUCUCUGUUGUGGAACACAAUUUUUUAAAGGGCUCUUACAAUUAUUUUCAACAAAGGUCAUUACACCAAGCUUAUGACCUGAUUGAUUUUUAUUUCAUUUGGCCAGUUCAGUUUACUGUUUAAAUGUUUUAUUUUACAGCUUGCCUUAAUUUUAAUAGUCUGAUUUAGAUCACUGUUUUAUAUCCAUUUUCCUAGUCCCAAAAGCAAUCUCUGUUUAGGGAAUGCUUACUGUUUUAGAGUGUGUAUUGUUUUAGUUAAACAUUUUUCAGUUACAUUACUGAGUUGUUUGUUGCAAAACAAAAACAAACCAUGGGUGCUCUAACCAUAAUGAUUUUAAUCAGCAAAAUGUAAAAAAAAAAAAUAAGAAUUUCUAUUUUGUUACCGUUAAGCACACAAUUGUUCUAGUUAUUAUUAUGGUAGAUUAGUUAUUAAUUCUUUUUAUCGAAAGACCACUUUUAAAUUAUGAGUUAUGUUUAAAGUCAGUAGCACAGAUGUUAACUUUUAAGUUAACUUUGAGAAGUCUUUUAAAAUCAUUACUUGCAUGUUUUUAUUAAGUGACUAUACCUUGUUUUAAAUGUUAGAACUCAGGUUUUUUUAACAUGCUAGUCUUUAGAAAUCCAUCUCCUAUGUCGCAUGUAUUCACAUUUCUCUAGUGAAUAUUGUUUGUUGAUUAUUGCAGCAAUAUUUGCUUCAAUCUGCUUUCUUCAGUUUUUGCCUACAGACUAAGGUUGUGACACUUUGAGGAAUUUGACUUAGCUAAUAAAGAUUUUUUUACAAAUAUUUUUUGUUAACUGUGCUUAUCAUUUUAACAUUUUUAGUAAAAUAAUUAUUUUAAAAUCUUUGAUAAAUAGUUAGCUAUUCCAGUUGUUAUACUUGAAAAUUACUUACACUCAAAAGUAUUACAAUCAAAAGGAUAGCCUUUGUUAAAAAGAUAAUUUUACAUCCUCUUACUGCAUUUUAUGUACUGAGCUUUUGUCAUUCAGAAAUAAAUGUGCAAUUUUCCCAUUGUUUUGAUGGGUAGUUUUGAAGCAAAAAUUGUAAAUAAAUCAAUUUUUAAAUAGAUUUGCUGGUCUUAUAAGUUUGUAUCAGUUACCACCUAGCAAAAUAUAUUUAAGUAUUUAGAAAUAAAAUAAUUCUUCUUGAAUAGUAUUUGUUUUUAAUGCUGUUAAUUACAUUCAGAGUCAAUAAACUAAAUUUUUAGGACUUAAUUUGAUCCAUUCUGUUUAUUUCUGUUCAAUUUCAUCUGCCAUUUUGUAGUUGUUAAUCUGCACAAACAGGAUCUUAGAGCUUGUUAGUUUUUUAAACUGAUUAUACCAAGGAUCUUUUAACAAAUAAAUGAUAAUCACCCAUCAUCUUUUAGUUCUAGAAAUCUUUGUCAUCUUUUUUUUCUCUUCAAGAACUAGUUUGGUAUCAGUUGAUAUUAUGUGUAUUGAAAAUACACCUUUGGUAGUUCACAUUAUUGCUUUUAAGAUUUUAUUUUGAAACUUCUUUUAAGUAUGGAGAAAUUAUACAUACUUUUUUUUUUCUAUGGAGAUAAAUCAUAAAAUUAACAGCUUGUUCUUUUCUUUUAAGGUCAUAUUUAUAUGUAUGUAUUCUUGUUUUAAAUUCAUGACUGUAAGUUGUUUCUGCAUUACAUAUGGUGGUGCACAGCAGAUUGAUUUAUUACCGUUGUUUGUAAGUGCAUUGUGAAAUUGUGCAUAACCAUUCUGUUUGUUUAUGUGUACACAGCGAUUUGAUGUAUGUCAUCAUUAUUUAAUGUAUCGAAUUAGUCCUGUACCUAUCAUUCUAUCAACAAUAAACUUUGACAUUUAA